AAAAUGCAAUGACAUGGUCAAAAUCACACCAGUUGGCUGUUAUCUAAAGAAUGUCUUAUAUUAGAUUAGUUUAGAUUCAACCUCCUUAUUACCACCAUGUCUUGCCACCAUUGAAAGAUAUUACUCUCUAUUUGUUUCCUACAUUUGUGGAUGUAGUUGUUUUUCAAACAUUUUUAUUGUUGGACGUUCUGAUAUUAGGUACAUGUCUGGCGUAUUUUCUGUGUUUGAAUGUUGUAUCGAUAAAUUAAAGUUUUCUCAUCACCAAAUUAGUUUAAAUUGAAUUACUGGAUAAUUCAGCCUGAAAUCAAAACCCAUUUUUAAAAAAUAUUGGACUGCUCUCUUCAAGUCAAUCCUCAGAUAUUCUAUAGGAUUUAAGUCAGGUCUCUGACUUGGCCACUCAAGGACAUUCGCCUUCAUAUCCUUAAGCCACUGGUUUGUUCCUUUGCCAGUAUGUUUAGGAUCAUUGGCGUGUUGGAAAGUGAAUCUUCAGCUGUCUAGCAGAGGGACGCAGGUUUUCCUCAAGAAUUUUGGUGUACUUGCAGCAUCCAUUUUCCCUUCUAUCCUCACAAAUGGCCCAGUCCCCGCUGAAGAGAAACAUCCCCACAACAUAAUGUUGCCCCCACCAUGCUUCACAGUAGGUAUGGUGUGUUUUGGAUGGUGUACUGUGUUUGUUUUUCGCCAAACAUAGCGCUUGGAGUUCAGUGCAAAAACACAUCUGGAAUAUUCUGCUACCAUGUCAGAAAAUGUGUUAUGGUCAGAGACUAAGAUUGAACUUUUUGGAGACUUUUAGAUUGAAUUUGUUGGACUGAACUCCAGGCGCUAACCAAACACAGUACACCACUCAAAACACCCUACCACUGACAGACUUUGACAAGAUUUGGGCAAGAUUCUUGAAAGAUUGUAGUCUCUUACCUAAUGCCCCUCAUUCAAGCUUUCCUCAAAAGACUACAAUCUUUCAAGAAUCUUUCCCAAAUCUUGUCGAAGUCUGUCAGUGUAAGGUAGCCUUUAGACAUUCUCAGGCGAACUUCAGAGGUCUGUGGGAGCGAGUCCAGACAAGUCUGCCAGACCAAAUUUCAAAUGAGUUACUAUUCUAGCCACUGUCUUUUGUAUGUGUGUUACACCAGCAAACAUAAUUUCUUCCAACAGAUAUAUCAACUGUUGUCCACCACAAAAGUAUUGCUUUAGCAAAAGAGAAAUUAGGAAUGUGUGUCUGGGAAAAUGUGUGUGAAGAAUCUACCGUAUGUGUGCGAGUGUGGUGUCCUUAGGCAACCUGAAGCCAUAGCAACCUGGAUAAUCUGUGAUGAAUGUGUUGAAUUGCCAUGCAUACCGCAUACGAGAAGGAGUUGUGUUUCCACAUGCACCCUUUAGAGACACACACACACACACACACACACACACACACACUCACUCACUCACUCUCUCUCUCUCUCUCUCUCACACACACACACACUCACACAAACAGUCUCACGCCCUUUCCUUUAGCAGUGUACCGGUGAAAGUAAAUAAACUUCCUGUGUCAUUGUUAUUAAUCUCACACACACCCUCUCUCUCUCUCUCUCUCUCUCUCUCUCUCUCUCUCUCUCUCUCUGGUGCAAAGUUCGCCUCCCCUAUUAACUUUUCUCUGAGCCGAGCAGUCACACACAGUCACCAUGCUGAUCUCUGUGCUGCUGUUGUGGUUUGGAGUCUUCCUCCUCUUCUUCCUCUUCAGGGUGCAAAGACCCAAGAACUUUCCUCCUGGACCCACAGCACUUCCUCUGCUGGGAAACCUGCUGGAGAUCAACCCACAACAGCCACUCAAGAGUUUCAAGAAGUUGGCAGAGCGCUAUGGUCCAGUCUACAGUCUGUACAUUGGUCGUCAUCCUGCGGUGGUCCUGGCCAGUCAGAAGGUCAUCAGAGAAGCUCUCGUCACCAGAGCCUCUCAUUUUGCAGGACGACCAGAUCACAUGUUGGUUUGUCACAUCCUUGAAUGCAAAGGCUUGAUCUUGGCGAAUUAUGGUCCUGCAUGGCAAGAACAUCGGCGCUUCGCCCUGACUACGCUGCGGAACUUUGGGAUGGGGAAGCGCUCCAUGGAGGAGAAGAUUCUAGAAGAGACCCAAAACAUCUGUGCUGAGCUAGAGAAACACGCAGGGAAGUCUAUGGAUCCUCAGUAUCUUUUCCACUUUGGUGCUUCUGACAUCAUCUGUUCCAUUAUUUUUGGAUCUCGAUUUGAAUAUGACGACCCCUACUUCAAGUCCAUUAUCGUCUUCAUGGAAGAAGCGACUAAAAUAGCCCUAGACCCUUGGGCAAUUCUCUAUGAAAUUGCUCCAAUUAUUAAGAGUUUGCCCGUGCCAUUUAUUAAAUGGGCGCAUGGUUUAAUCAGACGGAUCAGAAGCCACAUCCUAAAAGAGGUCGCCGAGCACAAAGAAUCAUGGGUGUCUGGAGAACCUAGAGAUCUCAUUGACUGCUAUCUGGACGAGACUGAAAAACGGGCAGAUAAAGGCACCACAUUCGAAGACAGUCAGUUGGCAUCCACCUUGUUUGACCUGCUGAUUGCUGGGACUGAGACUACUUCCAACACACUGAGGACAGCAACACUCUACCUCAUGACCCACCCGCAUGUACAGGAGCGCUGCUACCAGGAGAUUGAGGAAGUGCUGGGUUCUCGUGAGCAGGUGUGCUUUGAGGAUCGCCUGUCCAUGCCCUACGUCCAAGCCGUGAUCCAUGAAGUCCAGAGAAUGGCCGACACUGUUCCUCUGAGUGUGUUGCACACCACGACCACGGACACACAAGUCAUGGGCUAUAACAUUCCAAAGGGUACGUUGGUUGUUCCUCUCCUGUCCUCAGCGCUACAUGAGGAGGGUCAGUGGAAGUCCCCUCAUGACUUCAACCCUGAGAACUUCCUGAAUGAGAGGGGGGAGUUUGUCAAACCUGACGCCUUCAUGCCCUUCUCUGCAGGAUCCCGUAUGUGUCUGGGGGAGGGGCUUGCUCGCAUGGAACUCUUCCUCAUCCUGGUCACGUUGCUUCGUCGCUUCCGAUUGGUCUGGCCAGAGGAGAAGGGAGUCCCUGACUACAGCAUGGUGUUUGGAGGCACACAGGCACCCAAACCGUUCCACGUCACCAUCCAUCGAAGGGAAUCCACAAGCUAAUGCAACUGAUGCUAGCAUGCAGGUUUCUGUAGGUGACAUUUAAAUAGAUAUGCCUUUCACUUUUCAAGUGCUCUCAUUAUUUUGUUUUUCUCUGUGGAAUGACAUGACUCGGGAAAAUCAUCACCAUUGUGACCCCCUCGCGUUUAUAUGAGCGAGGCAUAGGCAGAAAAAACAAACAAACUUGAGGCUAAGAACUAUUUUGGAGAUCAGCAGCCUAGCAUGUCUCUAUGCGCAUGGUGCAUUAGUGUAUGUGAAUUAACUAUUAACUCUUGCACUCUCAGUAUGUUAUUGACAGUUUUUGGCACAUGUUAAUGGUCAUAUGGCCAUGAUAAAUGAGCCUUGCCUUUCCUAUCUUAUAUCACCAUGUUGGUUUAGUACUGUAUUUCAAAUAGUAGUGGAUUCUGUCCAGCUUUUAUUACAGUGAAUCUUCUGAUUCUCAGCCUCUUGUUAUAUCAAGGGGGCAAUCAGACAGGACACGCUUUGCUGCCUGUAAAACGUGAGGUGCGCUUUUUUUGAUUCAUGAUGCUCAGGGCGCCUCUGCAGUCUAGGCACAUAAACAGUGUGUAAAAUGUUUACUUUUGAUACCAAACAGCACGAAAAAGGUGCACCUCACUGCAAAAAGUAAAAAAAAAGUUCAACUCAAAGCAGGGGGAAAAGAUCAACUCAAGGCAGGAAAUGGUCCAACGUCAUUUGCGUUUUUAUGCGUGACAAGGGACAUUCUGUCUGAUCACCCUCAUUAGGCUCCAAAUCACAAAGCUAUGACCUGUUGUCAGAAUGGUCAAACAGCAUUACAUUUGCACAAAUAAGUGUCUUACAAGGGACUGUUAUGUUACAUAAAUUAGAGAAAAGUUUCUUGUCAUGUGUCUGUUAUUGGUCAGGGAGGAAUAUUUAACUGAUUCAUUACAUAUUCAUCUUAAAACAAGUUUUAUUUGACAUAAACAUGCAUUUUGCUUGCAUUGUUCAUGAGUUUGAAUAGCUUUAUACAGUAUAUACAGUAAUUGUUUAGAUGUCAUAAAUGGUAGCAGGUUUGUAAAUAUUGUUUUGAGAAUGUUAUAAUGCCAUAUCAAUAAAGGCUUUUUUGAAGUGG